ACACACACACACACACACGCUCUCACCCGCCAGACAGCAACCAUGCGCGCCACAAGCUCCCUCGCGCUGCUCCUCGCCGGCGUCGCCGCCGCGGACCCGAGCCCGAACCCCUGGCGCAAGCAGCACCCCCCGGUGACCAACAAGGCGACCUCGACGUGCGCCACGGGCCUCUUCGUGCUGGUCGCGCGCGGCACCACGGAGCCGCAGGGCGCGGGCGUCACGGGCCUCGUCGCCGGCAACAUCACCGAGAAGAUCCCCGGGUCCAAGGUCCAGGCGCUCGACUACCCGGCCACCUUCUCCGACCCGGCGUACCAGGACUCGGUCGCCGCGGGCGUCAAGUCCAUGCAGAGCGUCGUCAACAACUACCUCAACGACUGCCCCGACGGCAAGAUGGCCAUCCUGGGCUACUCGCAGGGCGCGCACGUCGGCAUGGACGCCGUGUGCGGCGGCAGCGGCGGCGUGUUUGACGCGGCGCGCGCGCUGCCCGUCGCGGACAUUAAGAAGAAUGUCCUCGCCAUGGUCUUCCUGGGCGACCCGACGCACGUCGCCAACGUCACCUACGACAAGGGCACCAGCAUCAAGAACGGCCUCUUUGAGCGCAACAACGCCUCGGUGGAGACGUGUAAGCAGUACUCGGACCGACUCGUCUCCUACUGCGACACGGGCGACACCUACUGCGACGUCGGCAAGGACAAGAAGGUGCACGGCGGCUACGUCGCCAAGUACGGCGACGAGAUUGUCAAGUACGUCGUCGACAAGUACCACGCGGCCGUCAUCGGGGGCAACGCGACGACGACUACUACCAGCGCGACGGCGACGGCUACGACGGCGGCGCCCACGGGAUCCGGCGCCUCCUCCGCGACGACGACGACGGGUGCCGCGGCGACUGGGUCGGGCACCGCCACGGGCGCGGCGGCGUCGGCGACCAAGACGGGUGCCGCGGCGGGGCUGAGCGCCGGCAAGGGAAUGUACCUGGCGCCGCUGGUGAUGGGCGUGGCGGCGUGGGCGAUGUAGGGAUGGGCAUCGCGUGGUAAUGAUGGUGGUGGUGGUUGAGGAUGAUGGUGAUGGGAGUGUCGCGAUGGAGUACUAUGUGCGAGUGGCGAUGAGGAGUAACGCAGGAGCACUGAGAAUCUACGGUUGACGAGUCGAACGAAGCUGUGAGCGCCAUGUUGCGAUGGAAGAGCCGGGGAGGGGUAUCACUGUCUGUCAUGCUUGGUGUAUGUACUCAUUGCGGGCGUCGGGUUCAUGCUCCUGGCUUCAUGUUUAUAUCUGCGGUGGACGGCCAGCUAGCGGCCGGUCGGUCCCAUGUCAAGUACACCAAGUCUAUCAAUUGUCAUGUAUGAGAACAAGGUCAUGUUUUGUAAAGAAUUUUGAGACUUGCUGGUGGUGAUUAAGUAUCCAAUGGCAUAUAUACAGGUGCGGGGGGUCCCGAGACAUGGGGAGCCAAGAAGGGCAACACCAAGGGCGGAUCAGAUGGAUGAACACGGGAUGUUGUACGGAGGAGCUGCAG